AUGCCUGAACGUAAUCUCCCUGCCAGUGCUGUGGUGGUAGGAUGUUAUUUGACAGCAUGUGAGCGCCUUAAUAUCAAUGAUACAAUCGGGAUGGAACUAACUGACGACCAGCCAGAUCGAGGCUUGCUCAAGGUAUUUAUUGCUCAAUUGAGACAACAUCAUGACUUACACUCUCUUUGUUAUAGCUGUCUGUAUCCUUCGUCCGCUACACCCUCACGAAUCGACAAUUUCCAUCGCGGAAUUGAUAAACGACCCGAUUUUGAUCAAGAUGUUCAAACAUGA